AUGCGGCGAGGGGACAUUGGCCUUAUAAUUGUCAGACAAGUGCUUCUCCUUGCAUGCGUAUUGCAUAGCACGUGCGGUCACCAGCAACGUACCAAGCUUGUUGAGCUUAAUUUGGGGCCUAAAGAUUCAUCGUCACCGGACUAUAUCAAGCUCGUGGACCCCGACGCAGUCAGACCCUUCCUUGCGCUAAAGGACCCCACCGCCGCAUCCGGCAACGACAUCCAGCAGUUGUACGAGCAGGGCGCCAGCAUAUCGGCCAUCGCCUACCUCCUCUUCGCGGCCGCUGAGCCACUAUCCAAAGCCCAAGGAUCCACAGCAGCCCUCUUGCCGUACCUCUCGCCCACCGUACUUCGGCUGUACGCGACCCAGCCGGAGCGAUGCAGCUCGGACCUCGUGAGACGCCUGUACGGCCUAUCUGUUGCCUUGUGCGGCAACGAUGUCCUAAAGUCCUGCCACUACGAUCUGUACACCUCCCUGGGAGCUGCCUUUUCCUGGGUCCGGGACAACAUCCCCCUGCGGCUGCAGGAGGUCCCCGGGCAGCCUCUGGCCUCCGCCACGUGGCCCGACAUGUCGCGGACACCCCCGCUCAAGCUGGCGGCGAGGGUGGCGGAGGCGCUGCUGUCGAGCCAGCCAGACGAUCAGACGCUAGGGGUCAACACAGCCAUCCUGCUUAGCAAUGGCUGCGAACUUGCAGCAGCCGAUUUUGCGGCCUUGGUUCCAGCCAUUUCCGCGGCCCUGACGGACCUGCACGCGGAUCUGCUGCUGCUGCAGCAGCUGGCGAAACAGCUUUUUGUCUCCCAUUGGACGAUGCACGACCCCAGCAGCAGUAGCGAUGGCAGCACUGACAGCAUCACGGGUACAGCGCUCUCGGCGGCGAGUGCUGAUUCAUCGCCGGACAUGGCGGCUUCGACAAGGUUAACUUCCGCUACCGCCAGCAGCAGCGUCAGCAGCAGCAGCACAUAUUUUUACUCGAUGCCGCCGGACGACUUCGUUCCGGCGCCACCGGCAGCGCAGGCGCCGCUGCUGCUUCCGCUGGUGUUCCACAUCAUGCUGUAUUGGGACCGCAACGGCGCCGUAGCGCCCUCGCAAUACACCCAGGCGCCGAGCUUCUUGGAGCGCCUGGUGCGUGUCGGGAACACAAUGGCCCGACCUGCCAACAUCCAGUUUUUCAUCAAGGACGUCCGAAACGACCCAGCGGCUUACCCCUACCUCAUGCUGUCCAGCCGAGUGGCAUGGCUGCUGUGCCCUUCCGGGGGAAGCUAUGAGGACGAGUGCAUCCGAAACCGGACCUUUAUGAGAAGCAUCAUCACGGACUUUCCCCGCUCUGUCAACGUGUUCGUGGUGAGCGACUCCACUGUCAUGAAGGAGCUGCCCGUUGGUCGAGCAUGGAUACCUGGCUCCGACCUUACCCCCGGUUACGGCCACGUGUUCAUGACCUGGGACGGAGUGUCCCCCUCGGGCUCCAACUCGCUCACCUUGUACAACGAUGGCCCCAACACCCUCGUACAUGAAAUCUUCCACCACCUGGGGCUGCGACACACGUUCACGGAGGCAAGCAGUACAACGACCCUUGCUACCACUGGUGGCUGCGUGGAUGCCGAUUACGGUACAAUGGGCUCUAGCACCUUCGCGGCGACUGCCACAUCGUACUGCAUGGAGUUAUUUUGGGGGCAGUACGGCGGCGACUGGGACGCGACAUACGUUCGUUGGAGCAGCACGCUGGGUAUCCCAGAUACUGACAUGAACGCCUGGGCAGACAGCUGUCCCGGUAAUCCCGGGUACGACGAGCUGGGCAACUACAUGACGUACAGCACCCCCGUCUGCUUCGCAGCUCUGGGCCACUUCACGCCAGCGCAGGUGCAGCGGGCGCAUUACGUGACGGCGGAGCUGAACCCCGUGUUGUAUGCAUGGGGGCAGUACUAUGCGCAAAUGGCGGCUCCUCCUCCGCCCACAGCUUCUCCACCACCCGAGCCCUACAACAACACCUGCAGGAUGAGCCGGGGAGGCUGCGCCUGCAAGAGCUCCUGGACCUUAUCGAAUGGCUCCACCACCUACUCCUAUUGCGACCGCAUCUUCAACAACAAUACCCUCGUCUGCGAGGUUCUAAACCCGGCGACGUGCAGCGCAUGCAACACCACCAAUCCCGUUGUGAAGUGCCUGGCCACUUGCUCCGGCACUCCACGGUCCUGCAAGCGGCCCCCGGCGCCGGGCACUAGGGACCCGCCUCCUCCUCCACCGCGCCCGCCCUCACCACCGCCAAUGCCACCGCCGCCGCCCCCGCGGGAUGUGCCCUCGGAGUGCAAGACUGCAGCGUCUGGAUGCGCCUGUCGGAGUACUUGGCAGUACGGUGCCUACUUCUACGGCUAUUGCGCAUCUCCCAGCGGCUCGCCGCAACUGCAAUGCCAGGUGGAGCCCUCAUGCCCCUCAUUUGACCCGGAGAACCCCCUACAGCCAUGUGCGCCAAGCCUGACCGCCUCGUUGUGCGGCGGCCGCAUCCGCAUCGCAACCUCCCUCCAGGCGGCCCCCAUGCUGCCGCCUUCUUCGUCGCGGCCGCCGGCCCCACCCCGGCCGCCACGGCCCCCGCGGCCGCCACGACUGCCGGCCGUACCCAUCCUCCCUUCACCACUCUCGAAGCGACCGCCCUUUCCGCUGGAGCCCGAUCUGCCGGCGCCUAUCUCCGUAGCUUGUGGCAACCCCGGGGAUGAAUCCACCUGUUUUGGGGCACCACCUCCACGUCAACCUCCGCCAUCAUCUCCUGCUUCGGGGCCAGCGGCAACGGCGAGUAACCGCAGCGACCUGACCUCAAUGAUCGUGGGCAUUGCUAUUGGCACCUCCGCUGGACUGAUCAUCCUGACGUUGCUGGUGCUGGCCGUCGUCUGGUACCGUCGCAUGUCCCAAGUCCGAAACCGGGUGAACCCGGUGGCGCAACGCGCAAGUUCGGCGGAGGGGGACCGGCGUGGGCAUGUACCAGGAGGGGCCGGCAGCGGCAGCAGUUGGGCCGUCAGAGGCCGAGGCACACCAGGUCCAGCGCCGACCGUGCUAGGAUCCCCUGCAGGCUCAGGGUAUGAGGAGGUAAUGCAAAUACCGGGGCCGGCAGUGACGGGGCCAACCCCAGCGACGGCGUCGUCCACAACAGUAACACCGCCGUUAACAGCAGGAGGAAGGUCAUGGCGGCAAACCGCGAUGGUGCCGGCUGCUGCGGUGGCGGCAGCGGUGAUUCCGAGCAACAACACGACUUCAACUGCUGUCACCGGUGCUGUCGGCCACCUCGGACGCUUUGGCUCCGUAGCGCUACCGGCGGCCUUGGCGGGCCCGCCGUUGCAGGCCUCACCUACCUCACCCCCGCCGCCGCUGCCGUCGGCAACGGCAGUAGCGGCAACGGCCUCUGCAACUGGUGAAGAGCCACCCCGGGAGGUUCUUGCUACGCAACCGGCGGAGUCGACCUCCCUCCCAUCUUCUUGGGCGCCGACGGCGGCGAUGACGGUAGUACCGCCGCCGCGACGGCUUGCACCACUGCGCACCGGCCCUGCACUGGCAUCACCGCGGAUGGUACUGCCUCCGUUUAGGCGGACGACUGCUGCUUCUGCGACGGCUGCAUUGCCGCACACGCUGCAUACCGCAGCAAUGGAAGGCGUUGCUGCUCCAAGCGGCUUGCGGGGUAAUGUGGUCGCAGUGGAUGAUGAGGAAGAUGACAGACACAGGCGAGACCAUGACGAGCAGCAGGUAGCUGUGAUUCCAGUAGCGGCCAGCCGCUGA